AUGCAAUACCUCAACGUCUUCACCCGGUUGGGGGCAGGCAUCUAUUUCUUCUGGACCAACAGAGAAAACGGAUAUGAUGCCUACUUCAUCGUCUGGCUCGUUGCGGGCGCCAAUACCAACGCUGUCAUCGGCGGCGCAGCGGGACUAAAUAUUGCAGAUUUUCCCGGUACGCUGCUACAGCCCGUCAUAUGCGGAGGAGGGAUACUGUUCCUCGCCAUCACGGGCGCGGGGACUUAUGGUAAUCACGGGUCACAGCCUGCAUGCACCUUCAAGCUCAAUCUUGUCAUGUUGGUCCCAUUGUUCGGCAUCGGCGGGGUCAUAUUCCUCCUCGUGCUUGCAUCCGGGACUCAGAGGUUCAAUCAGUGGUUCAUCGCGAGCAUGAAGUCCUGCCUCGGUGGACGAUUGAAUAGAAUGGAUGAAGUCGAAAGAGCCGAGUUGUUGUUGCGCAUCUUCUGGACGGUUGUUGUCGUAUGCGUCGAUGCCUACUGGGUAGUCGGUACCGUCCUCUUCAUUCGAUGGUACAAUACCCAUAAGGCGUUCUUGAACCACAACCAGUAUCAUAUAACGUGGUCGCAGAUACAAGGCAUCAUCAUCGCCGCAAUCACCAUCCUUCCUACCAUUAGGCUGGUAGUGAACGAGAUUGACGCUCGACUCCACUUCAGCGUUGCAGAAAACUCUCGUCGUCGGCAUCAGGAUAUCCUUCAAGAGGCCAUCGGCAACCAGUCGGUUACAACAUUUCAUCGUCCGGGUCAUCCGGGCCAUCGUGAAUCGAACGCAACCGACGAUAGCGUCUCAAGCUCGACGGGGUUGCUACGUAGGGGACAUCAACGUUGA